AUGCUCAAUUCAGCCCUAGAGCACAAACACAACUUCCUAGCAGUCAUUGCCUACUCCUUCCGUGGAGAAUUCGAGGAGAAUGAAGACGAGAAAGCAGAACUGGACGUGGAAACUGAAGAAGACGAGGGUGAUGAAUACAAUGGGGAAUCAGAUGAAGGCGAGUGUAAUAAAUCAACCAUUAUAAUAAAGAUUGGGAUAGGUACACAUUUGUGUGUGGAGGUGUAUAUGAGCCUGUAG